AGUUGAAUGUUGAAUGUGUUGUUAUGUAUGUUUGGCUUUGAGCAGUUUAGUUUGAGCUCCGUUACGUUGUUGGUACUCUUCGCUUUUUGUAAUCCUAAUUGUCCUAGCAUAUUUUUGAAGUGAAUAUAACAAUAAUAAAAUAUUUAUUUGAAAUUUAAGAACUAUGUCCAAUGUGAUUGGGACAACUACAAACCAUGGACAAUUCAGAGUGGAUGGAAAUCCCAAAAAAACGAGCAGCUAUGCUCAAGAGCAAGAGGUUAAUGAUUUAACAGAAUUUCUGAAACUGGAAAGGAAUAAAUAUGUCCAAUAUAAAAUAGUGUAUGAUAUAUUGGAGGAAUUUGUUAAUGAAGAAGAUCGUCAAGAAGAUGGGUUGAGAGCAAAAGUGAAAGAAAUUUUGCUGUGUGAAAGUGUUACCCAAGUAACUCUAUUGGAUGAGAAUACAGUAGAUGGUAGUAAAUCAUCAGUAUUUGGGCUUUGUAAUGUUAGUAGCCCUGCAUUGACAUAUUCAGAAUCAAAAUCUUUACAAGAUGUUAUUAAAAAAAAAUUAAAUGAGAAAUAUCUAAGUAUUACAGAUGAUUUUCAUAGUGUGGCCAAUAAAGACAUGACUGAAUACUCUGAAGAUGAAGAAAUCACAACUUCUAUCAAACUGUGUCAUGAAGAUAAAGUUCUUGUAGAAUAUAAGAAUAAACUAUUGAUGGAGCAAGAGCAGUAUAUAAGGAACCUCAUAACUUUGUCUGAAUUACUUGGAGAUAUCACUGACCUACGAAUAAGUAAAUUGCCUGGAGUUAUUGAGGAUAAAGUCAAAGAAUGUCAAGUAAAUGAAAAAAUUAACAGCUUGAAGUCACUUCUUGCCCAGGAGAAGUGUAGGGUUGAUAUAUUCACAGAAACUACCUGUUCCUUGAAGGCAUACAAAGAACUAAUAAAAGAUAUCAAAGAACAACAGCAUGAAUGUCAAAAAGAUAUUGAAAACUUGGAUGGAUUGAAGAAUAAAUAUAAAGAAGUUUCCUGCAAACAAUUUGAUGAUAUUUUGGAGUCAUACCUUCAAUACAAGUCUUCCAUUGAGAAGAAGAAAAUUUUGUAUGAUUGCCUCAAAAGCUGAUGAUAUAUUUAUUUUAUAUUGUAUAUAGUAAUUGUAGAACUAUUUUACUAAAAAUCUCAUUCAUUUAAUAAAGAAUUAUUUUUUGUACUGCUGAAUUUCAGUUUGGAAGAUAGUUAUAGCAAUGGCUUUGUGAAUUGUAUACAGUCAGCUUUAAGAAAUAUUUAUUUCAAUACUUGUAUACUCCUAUUUUAGUGAUUUGUUGCCACUAAAUCACAACAUAAAAUGGUGGUCAGAUGGUAAAUGCCAAUAUAUUAUUGAAAACAUUAAAAAUAUUUUGUUC